UACAAUUUUAAAAAUUCUAAUAUUCUGUCGUUACCUAUUCCGAGGAGAUUGAAUUGUUCUUUUAAAUGAAACUACAGCUCAUGUAUGCUAUCAAUAAACAAUGUUAAUGUUCUCAUGGCGACGAUAUUUAAUCAUAUUAAAACUAAUUAUCUUCUGUGAAUCAGCUCCGAAACUUAGUCAUCCCCUUUUUGAUCCUCUCAUGUUCGAAUCUAAACAAUCUCAUAUAAUUAACAAGUUAAUGCCUAAACAAGAAAAUGCUAAAUUAUUUUUACGUAAUGAAGAUAACCAGAAUGCACCAAUCAAAAAGCCAUGCCAUGGAUAUGAUUUCGAUGAAAAUGAUUGCCGAACAGUGAAUAAUAGAAUUAUAUGUGGCUAUAAUAAAAAUCCUGAUAAAGUUAAAAACAAAGAAUCAUCCGAAGAUAUUGGUGAUGGAUGUCGUAUACGUGGUGACAGAAUCGAGUGUGGAUAUGUUACUGGCCCAUUUCUUAAUCCAAGGCGACCACCUGCAAAUUACGAAAAUGCGGCAAAAGAAAAUGAAGAUAAAAAAACAGCGCGAAAAAAUUAUCAUCACAGAGCGAUACAAAAUAAUCAUUACCAGGAAAGUACACGACAAAAUUAUUACUACAAAGCAACGCCUGACCGCUAUCAUUACAAAGCAUCUAGAGAAAAUAUUCGCGUCGAGACAACCCGACAAAAAGAUCUUCACAUAGCUGAACGAGAAAAUGUUCAUCACAUACUAUCACGAGAAAACAAUCAAGUCAUUCAAUUAAUGUUAUCUCCAACGAUACCAUCAUUGUUGAAAGAAAGAGAUACAACAAAAAUAAAACAAAAGUCUCUAAAUACAAAAGCUGAAGUUUUAAAGUUAAAAACAACUAAAGCUGUAUCAGAGUCUAAUACAUUAAAAAUAAUGUCAAAUACAAUAAAUGCAUCUCUACCUAUCACUGAAAAGAAUGUGUCAUUAACAGAUAUAAUACAAAUUUUAAAUCCAAAAACAACUUUAUUAAUAACCACUAAAGCAUUUUUAGAUACUAACAUAUUUAAAACUGGAAAAACAAAUGCCAUUAAUGUAUCCGUACCGAUUACCAACAACCACGUGACAUUAACAGAUCUAAUUUCAACAUCUCUAAAUACGAAAACUCCUAGUAUAGAAUUAAAAACAACUAAAGAUAAAAAUAUAUCAGAGACUGUAAAAUCAAAUGUAGUUAAUACUUCUGCACUUAUAACAAAAUUAUCUACAGAUAUAUCAAUAUUUAAUACAAACACUAUACAACAAAAUUCAUCACUUGAAAAGAACACAACCACAUUAAGUUCAAAUAUCACAAAGAAAGACAGCUCUACCAAUAAUGUCACUAAAUAUAAUGUAGAAUUGAAAACAACUGCGAUUUAUCCAGUGACCCGAUGCGUUGAAGUUGAUGAUCGAGUAGUUUGUUAUUUUACGUUGCCAUUAAAACCAAAAUUGUAAAUAUUUGAAAGGUAAGAAAAGUGAUCUAUAAGAUUAUAUUUUUCUGUAAAUUUCGUAAUAGCAGUCUGAAUUUAUCCCACACACAUUUCGGGAAUAUACUUUUUUCGCCUUUUAGUUUCAGUUUAGUCGAAAGAGUGUAUGAUACCAGUGUGACCAUUGAUAUUUUUAUAAUAAAAUUGUCGGAAAC